UUUUUAGAAACUUCGAAUAGAAUGUCUCCACGUAAUUCAUGGUUCAAUAAACAUUCAAUUUUCUACUUGCAAAUUAACAAUUUUAUAAAAUUGAAAUUGGGAGUAUAUAUUGAAAAUUGAAUCAGUAAUCACAACGAAUUAAGAUCUUGGAACUUUUAUGCUUGUAAUUUAAAAAAAUCUCUUACUGCGGAGCUUCUGCAACAGAUUAUAGACACAUCGGGUUCAGUUUCCAACAACAAAGAAGCAGACAUGACCAUGACAAAGGAUCAAGUAAACCAACUUAUCAAGUCGGACAAGGUGGUAAUAUUUUCGAAGACAAAAUGUCCAUAUUGCAAAAUGGCUAAAACGGUGUUCGAUAAUCUGAAGGAAAAAUAUACUGCUAUUGAAUUGGAUGAGAGGGAGGAUGGUGAUGAAAUCCAAAAUAUAUUGGGUGAAAUGACUUCUGCCAGGACCGUUCCUAGGGUAUUCGUGAAAGGAGUAUGUUUAGGGGGUGGCACAGAUGUAAAGAAGUUAUUCGAUAAUGGAGAACUGAAGCAAAUGUUGUAAUCUGCAUUUACUAUGUACUUAAUCUGUUCUUACACUCACCCUAUAAGAAUUAUUUAUAUGUUGAUAUCCCUUAUUUCUAGUAUAAUAAAUUCUGUUAAUUAGAACACUCAAAAA